CUCUGUGUCUGUGUCAGUGUGAGCAGUGCAAUGGCUGAAGGUGGAGGUUUACUGGAUCAGGACCAGUUGAGCUGUUCGAUCUGUCUGGAUCUACUGAAGGAUCCGGUAACUAUUCCCUGUGGGCACAGUUACUGUAUGGGCUGUAUUAAAGGCUACUGGGAUCAGGAUGAUCAUACUGGUGUCUACAGCUGUCCCCAGUGCAGAGAGACCUUCACCCCAAGGCCUGUUUUAAGAAAAAACACCAUGCUGGCUGAAGUGGUGGAGAAACUGAAGAAGACAGGACUCCAAGCUGCUCCUCCUGCUCACUGUUACGGUGGACCUGGAGACGUGGUGUGUGAUGUCUGCACUGGGAGAAAGCACAAAGCCAUCAAGUCCUGCCUGGCGUGUCUGGUCUCUUACUGUGAAACUCACCUCAGACUUCAUGAUGAACUGAACCCUGGAAAGAGACACACACUGACUGAUGCCUCUGGACACCUGCAGGAGAAGAUCUGCUCUCAGCAUGACAAACUGCUUGAGUUUUACUGUCGUAGUGAUCAGCAGUUUCUCUGCUCUCUCUGUACAGUUGAAGAACACAGAGGCCAUGAUACAGUCUCAACAGUGGCAGAGUGGACUGAGAAACAGAUGCAGCUGGGGGUGACACAGGGCCAAUUCCAGCAGAGAAUCCAGGAGAGAGAGAAGGAGCUGCAGGAUCUGAGACAGGCUGUGCAGUCACUCAAGAGCUCUGCACAGGUAGCAGUGGAGGACAGUGAGAGGAUCUUUACUGAGAUGAUCCGCUCCAUUGAGAGAAGGUGCUCUGAGGUGAAAGAGCUGAUCAGAGAUCAGGAGAAGGCUGAAGUGAGUCGGGCUGAAGGACUCCUGGAGCGACUGGAGCAGGAGAUUGCUGAGCUGAGGAGGAGAGACGCUGAGCUGGAGCAGCUUUCACACACAGAGGAUCACAUCCAUUUCCUUCAGAAAUAUCAGUCUCUGUGUGCCCCCCCUGGACCUGGAGACUUACCCAGCAUCACUUUCAAUCCACACGUCUCCUUUGACGUUGCAAGCAAAUCUGUUUCUGAACUGAAAGAGCGACUGGAGGACUUCUGCAAUGAAGGAUUACUCAAGAUAACUGAAUCAGUGAAAGAGGUUGAUAUUCUGCCAGUUCCACAACCCACAGAUAGGGAGGAUUUCUCACAAUAUUACUGUCGUCUGACACUGGACCCCGACACAGCCAAUUCAUCUCUCUCUCUGUCUGAGGGGAGGAGAGAGGUUACCUGUGCCAAAACCGCCCAGUCAUAUCCUGAUCAUCCAGAGAGAUUUGACUACUGGGACCAGGUGCUAUGCAGAGAGGGUCUGUCUGGACGCUGUUACUGGGAGGCUGAGUGGAGUGGGAGAGGGGAUGUUUACAUAGCAGUGUCAUAUGUGGGGAUCAUCAGGAAAGGGUGGGCUUAUGAUGCUCUCUUUGGAUAUAAUAAGAAGUCCUGGAGCCUGUGUUGCUCUCAUUCCAAAUGUCAUUUCUAUCACAACAAAAAAUGCACAAGACUCCCUGUCCCUCCCUCCUCCAGAAUAGGAGUGUACCUGGAUCACAGGGCAGGAACUCUGUCCUUCUACAGCGUCUCUGACACAAUGACCCUCCUGCACAGAGUCCAGACCACAUUCACUCAGCCCCUCUAUCCUGGGUUCUAUGCCAACACAGCAGGGUCUACCGUUAAGCUGUGCCCAGUGGGUUUAGAGGAUUCAGAUUCAGAUUCAGACUCAAGUUUCAUACCAAUCUUCCUUUCAGAGGUGUAAAAUAAAGUGUACCUGGAACCAAACAGUGCAAUGUAAAAAUAGAAAUAAAAAAAAUGAAAAAAAGAAAUAAAAAAUAUGAGAAAAAAAGGAGGUGGGACAAUUGCUUUCGACUCCCAACUGACGUUUGAUAGGCAUCUACGGACAUCUUGCAAAACCAAAACAAACUUGACCUGCGUUCGUACGACACCACAUACCCCUCAAUGCAGCUCAGCUGUUUAUGCACUCCGUGGUAUUUUCACACUUAUCAUACUGAUUAUCAUACACUUAUCAUACUGUAGAGAGCCAGGCCUCCCAGCCAACAAUCAAACCUAUCUCACAAACUGGCAUUGAAAACAAUGGAUCAGAAACCAAUUAAAUGGCAUCACUCAGGUUUGACAGUUUUAUUCACUCUUUCCUUCAUUAAAUUUUUUUUUUUUUUAAAUGUGUGAACAAUAUAUCGCCAGCUAUGCUCAGCCAAUCUGGAUCUAAUCAGAGUGGUGGUAGAUCCACCACGAGAGGCUGGGUGAGUGGCAUAAUGUAAAACAACCUUUGGUCAGCCGUCCUUUUCAGUUACGCAUAGAUGCCAAAAUAAAAACACCAGGAGUCCAAAGAGCUUUUACAGGGAGGCCGGUAGCAUAGUGGUUAAGGUAUGUGACUGGGACCCAUACCAUGUUCGAUCCCCGGUGUAGCCACAAGAAGAUCCACACAGCCGUUCGGCCUUUAACCCUGCAUUGCUCCAGGGGAGGAUUGUCUCCUGCUGAGUCUGAUCAACUGUACGUUGCUCUGGAUAAAAGCGUCAGCCAAAUGUAAUGUAAAUGUAAUGUCUGUUUCAUGUCUUUAACCUGCAGCAAUGUCUAUUCGUAAUCUUCAUGCGUGUUUUGCUAGUUACGGACUUGAUGCUUUUUAACCUGUGGAAGAACCUAUGUACUUGUAAGUCGUUUUGGAUUAAAAUUGUCUGCCAAAUGACAAAAAUGUCAAAUGUAACGUAAAUGUAAUGUCUGUUUCAUGUUUUUACCUGUAACAAUGUCUAUUUGUA